UUUGACUGCAGUGUGUAAUUUUUUGGUGAAUAUAUUUGGCGCCAAACGUACGUUCAAUGGAGCAUUAUUAAAAUCGUUUCCUCAGCCUAAAAUGCACGGCUGCUUCUUAUAUAAGUAGUUAAAUACACCUUUUGUUUUAAGUAUAUUGUGGAUUAUAAAUCAUUACCAUUACGCAUCGCAAAAGCUAUUCUUUUUUAUAUAGGGAUUGUAAGCAGUGGUGGACAAAAUUAACAAUGCCCAUCAUGAAACCUGUUAGUAAUGUGGCUCGGGUAGCGGGCAGGAGACCAUUUAGAGUGUCCAUAGAAGGUAACAUAGGCUCAGGAAAGUCUACAUGCAUAAAGUUUUUUGAGAAAUAUCAAAACGUGGAAACACAUACGGAACCUCUCAAUGAAUGGCGUGAUGUGAGCGGCCACAAUCUGCUCGGUCUCAUGUACAGUGACAUGAACAAGUGGAUGUUUCCAUUCCAGCACUACGUCCACCUCAGCAGGCUGAAGAUACAGACAAGCCCACCAUCUAACCCUAACAUCACUGUCAAGAUGUUUGAAAGGUCAGUACAAAACAGCCGGUUCUGUUUUGUGGAGAAUGCCAAGAGACAGAACUUCCUUGAAGACCCUGAAUACCACACAUUAUUGGCAUGGUAUGACUACACAGAAAAGUGCCUUGAUAUAAGCCUGGAUCUCAUAGUUUAUUUAAGGACAUCCCCACAAGUUGUGUUUGACCGUAUGUUAAAACGUGGCAGGGCUGAAGAAUCUGAAGUGCCUUUGGAUUACUUGCAACAGGUGCAUGAAUCUUAUGAAAUGUGGUUCAACUCACAAGAUGUAGGGUGUGAAGUGUUGACUAUAGAUGCUGACAAAUCAAUAGCUUGUGUAAAAGAUGAUUUAGAAAGGUACACAUACAAAGUAUUGGGUGGAAAUCACACUAAUUAAUUGUUAAAAUUAAAAAAAUAUCAACAUUUACAACCAGCAUUAUCGUAAUCGUGUGUUAAAUAUUAGGAUGUAUUGUGACCAGUAUGCAAAAUGCUGAUAAAUGCUGCACGAAGGCAGCGCAAAUUAGAAGGCGCCCUUAGUGCAAGAUGCAAUCUCUAAAAUACUCUAAAAAGUAAUCUUACCAAAAACAUUUAAAUGCAAUGAUUAAUUUAGUGUUAUAUCUGACAAAUUAUAUUGAGGUUCAAAUAUUCAUAAACACUAGUAAGUUAAAUACUGAUUGAAAUUACUUUUAAUGCCAAGGAAGUUAUUUUUAUGUAAGAGGGAGUAAUCACACUAUAAUUUGUUCUUCCAUAUUUAAUAUUUAAGAUUAUUUUAAGGAAAUUGUUUAUACAUAUAAAAUCGUUAGACUAUAAUUUUAAGUUAUUGCUGAUGACAAAGCUGCCUCAUAGUAUUGCUUAUUUUUAAAUAAUAAAACAUGUUUGUAACUGA